UUUGGGCCUAAAAAUCGGAACUUAACCCAUAAAAAAGUUCACCGUUCACCGCAAAGCGUCAAAACAACACAUCUCCGGUGACCGUUAAACCCUUCGUUCUCACUAAACCCCACGAAAAAAAACCUCAAACAAAACAAUCACCUCUCCAAUGCCCCAACCCACCUUCCUCCGCCGCAUCCUUCUCUUCCAAUCAUCAUUUCCCAUCUCCAACCUCCGUAUACUCCGAUCACACUCCUCCACCGCCGCCGCCGCCCAAACCCAAUACCUGCAAAAUGAGAAACCCAAUGAAAGCAAACUGAAAAACAGAGGAAAAUUCUUAACUUUGCCUCCUUACAGCUCAACAAUUAGCUCAUCAGCUUUGGGAAAAGCUUUAUCAUCGGCAAGUAAAACUGUAGCGGCCAGUGAAACGACGGCGCUUAAAUGGGUGCUUAAUUGCUGCCCUGAAUUACCCAGAAAUCUUGUGCAGAAGCUGUUUAGAUUAAGGCAGGUUAAGAAAGAGUUGAUUAUUGGUGGUGAUCAAGAUGAAAUGGAGCAUAAACAGAAAAGGGUGGCAGCCAAGGAUUUGAUGAACAUAGGAGAUAGGCUGUUGCUUCCGUUAAGUGUUCAAGCUGUAGCUUCUGAAAAACAACAAUGCCAUUAUGAUUACAGUGAACAAGAUGUGAACUUCAUUCGUAGUCUGGAGUUAUAUAAGGAUGAAGCUGUUAUUGUUGUUAAUAAACCUCCUGGAUUGCCAGUUCAGGGUGGUAUUGGUAUCAAAACGAGUUUCGAUGAAUUGGCUGCAAGUUGUUUACGUUAUGACUACUCAGAACCCCCUAGACUGGUUCAUAGACUUGACAGAGAUAGUAGCGGCAUCUUGGUGAUGGGCAGGACACAAAGAAGCGCUACAGUUCUGCAUUCUGUCUUCCGAGAAAAAACUUUUGCAGCAUCAAGUGAUGACAUUGGAGAAAAAAGAAGAGUCCUGCAAAGGAGGUAUUGGGCACUCGUCAUCGGGACUCCGAGACAUCAAAACGGGUUAAUCUCAGCACCAUUGGGGAAGGUGAUUGUAGACAAUGGUAAAUCUGAUCGAAUAACAGUGAUUGAGAAUACAGAGAACGCAUCGUUUCAGCAUGCAGUGACACAUUAUAGAGUGCUUGAGUCAUCUCAUGGCUACACAUGGUUAGAACUAUCACCAAGCACGGGUAGAAAACAUCAGCUACGUGUUCACUGCGCCGAAGUAUUGGGUACUCCAAUAGUUGGAGAUUACAAAUACGGUUGGCAAGUUCACAGAAAGUGGAAACAAUUUCCCUUAACUAACCUUGAGAAAACGUUUAAGGAUGAAGUUCCGUGCGAAAAAGCACUUCCUUUUGGUAUUGAUUUGGAAAGCGGUAGCAUAUGCGAAAAGCACCCUCGUCUACAUCUUCAUUGUAAGAAAAUGAUUUUACCUGAUGUCUCUCAAGCUUUGAAAGAUAUGAAACUAUCAGCAGAGUAUGAUUUUUCAGAUUUGAAAAGCAUUGAAUUAGAUGCUCCAUUGCCAUCAUACAUGAAAAGAAGCUGGAAUAUUUUGAACUCCUGAAUAAUGCUUCUAUCUUAUGUGAGCUAAAAAUUGAGUAAACUGAAUUUACAUAUCUAUUUCGGUUAAAUUGGUUAAAAGUUUUUGUUUUCGAUCAAUUUAGUCGGUUCGAUUAAUAAAGAAAUUUAGUUCGCGUA